GUCAAACUUCUGUUGCUUUUUCUCUCAUCCAAUACCCUCUGCACUUUUCUCUCUUCUUCUUCAUCUCAAUAAUCUCUUCAUCUGCUGUCUCUGCAGUUUCUUAGUCGUAAAACGAGACAUGGAUACUAUUUCACCUCUCAGAGCUGUGUGUGGAAAUGGUGCUCAAUAUUAUAAAAACGAUUAUGGGCUUUCUGGGUUUUGUUCAUUUUCUCAAGAAAACAAAUCAAAAUCGAAACUUUCCACUGUUAUGAGCCUAGAUUUGAAGGAACAUCCCAUGGCUUCAAACCAAACACUUACUGCCUUGUCUUCUUCUUCCUCUCUGGUUCCUGCAAAGACAUCAUCAAUUGGUAUGAAUAGAGGAAUGAGAUGGUGGGAAAAGUCAACGGAACACAACAUGUUAGAGAUUCAAUCUGCUGAUCAUCUUGUUGACUCUUUGCUUAAUGCUGGUGAUAGAUUAGUUGUUCUUGAUUUCUACUCACCUGGUUGUGGUGGAUGCAAAUCUCUCCACCCAAAGAUCUGUCAAUUAGCUGAAACAAACCCAAACGUGAUGUUUCUCAAAGUGAAUCAAGAAGAGCUUAGAACAAUGUGUCAUGGCCUUAACGUUCAUGUGCUUCCUUUCUUUAAGUUCUAUAGAGGAGCAGAGGGUAAACUAUGUAGUUUCAGCUGCACCAUCUCCACUAUCAAUAAGUUCAAGAAAGCGUUGGAUAAACACGGCAACGAAAGACGUAGCCUCGGGCCAGCAAAAGGUUUAGAUAGUAAGGAACUCAUGGCUUUAGCGUCAGUAGGGGAACUGAAAAUGAAUCAAUAUUUGUUGUCAACAUCAGAAGCUAGCAACUUCAGUUAUAAAACAUAGGAACUACAUGAAAAGAUGUUGGUAUAAAUAUAUGGUCUUUUCAUCAGGGUUCUUAUUGAUUUUUUUAGAUAUGAUUAUUGAUUAGUGUCAUUGUGAUUUGCUAAGCUUCUAGGGCUUCAUUAUUAUAAUUUCCCCAACUAGUCUUUUAGAUAUGAUUAUUGAUUAAUAUCAUUGUGAUUUGCUAAGCUUCUAGGGCUUCCUUAUUAUAAUUUCCCCAACUAGU